AUGGCUUUAUAUUCAGCUGAAGAUGCUAAAUAUCUCAAGAGACGUAUUCGUGGUGGUCAGAUUGAUGUUCAUCCAACUGAAAAAGCACUUAUUGUUAAUUAUUCAAUUGAAGCAACAGUGCUCGAUGAAUAUCAAAAUACGAUGAUUGGAGACAAGAAAGAUGCACAGAAAAUAAUUCGUGUGAAAAGUCUUGGUCCAUCAACUGAUAUUCGAGCAUUAGCUAAAGAAGUAAUUAAUCGUUGUAAAUUAAUUCAUCCAACAAAAUUAUUAGAAGUUGAACAAUUAUUAUUCUAUUUACAAAAUCGUCGUGAUACAAAUUUACCAAGUGAUUCAACAACAGGUGGUUCACAAAAACCAAUAUCUGAUGAACUUGAACAACCAUCCAUUGAUACACAAAUUAAUGAAACAGCAUCAUUAAAUGAUAUUGAUGAUUAUGCUGAAAUGUUAUAUGAAAAUGUUCAAGAUAAAAUAAAAGGAUCAGCACUUAUUUUACAAUUAGCACGAAAUCCUGAUAAUCUUUCUGAGAUUAUACAAAAGGAAAGUGUUUUAAAUGUUUUAACACGUGUUUAUAAAGAAGAAUGGCAUGAAAGUAUUGAAUUAGCAACAAAUAUAGUUUAUAUAUUUUUUUGUUUUUCAUCAUUUACUGAUUUUCAUCCACUUGUAUCACAAUAUCGUAUUGGUGCACAAACAAUGACUAUUAUUGAAGCUGAAAUGAAAAAAUAUGAUCAAUGGAUGGAAGAAAUGGGUCGUGAACAAAAGAAAAAACAACGUGAUACUCGUGCAAACAUUACUAUUGACAAUAAAUAUAAAGUACUCAUACGAAAACAGGAACAAUUUUUACGAGUGGCAUUCUAUCUAUUAUUAAAUUUAGCGGAAGAUCUUAAAGUUGAAUUAAAAAUGCGUAAUAAAACAAUAAUUACACAACUUAUUCAUGCUCUUGAUCGUGAUAAUAAUGAUUUACUUAUUCUUGUUGUUUCAUUUCUAAAAAAAUUAAGUGUCUUUGUUGAAAACAAAAAUGAUAUGGUAAGUUGA